GAACCUGGCUACAAAAGACCUGUCUGUCAGUUCACACAUACAAAAAUAUCUGAAAGUAUGUCUUUUGUGAAAUGCCAAAAGCUCUGCAAAAGCUUCUUUCACCUCUGACUUUGGUCCUGUCCUAUGCUUGAAGCUCUUGCUUCAUAGUACCUUUCAGUGAAGUUUUCUUCAGCAUCUUCUGCCAAGAGUUUACAGACUGGAAUUCUUGAGUGCCUGAGUAUACUUUCUGGUUUGAUUCUCUUCACAGUUGAAUAGCAUCUUCCAAAAACUGUAGGUGAAAACUGGAUCUGAUGGGUUAGAUUUUAGUUUUAACGAGUCUCAAAUAAGUAACACCUAGACUGGAGUACAAGAACACCAUUAAAAAUGCUCAGUCUGAUACUCAAAAUUUAAGAAAUGCUAGCAUUAAAAUUUCUCUACACAUGCCCACUCCCUCUAACACUGUUUUUAUUUACAGUAUCCAAUCAGUCCAAGCUUCCCUCACCAGUUGUCUUCCUAGCGAGCUGGUCUCCUUCCUCUCCAGUCCUAGUUUUCCAGUUCCUGGUCAUAUGCUGAUGAGGAGAAAUUGCUAUAGAGAAAGUCUGGUUUUGCUUCUGAAACUCCUUGUGGGAAUUCAGUGAUGUGAAGAUACUGCACAACAGGCAACUUCAGGAGCUGUGAGUGGCUGGAGAAUGCUUAGGGAGAAUGAAUUUAUUAGAGAUCUCCCCACUGAAAAUCAAAUGCAUUCACCAUCAAGUUUGUGCAAGGUUUGGAUUUUUAUGAGACUUCAGGUUGGUUAGUUUUUGGCAGACUUUCAUGGCUUCUCAAAAGGCACAUUCCUGAUGUAAGAGUUACGUUGUAGUAGGGGAGUUCAAGAAUUCAGACUGAGGCAAAUGUCUGCCUUGACAAUGUUCUGCUUUAACACUUCAGAGUUUGACUGGCUUGUAAGUAACUGAAAAACAAGAUCUUUUAAGUGCCAGAUAGAGCUCAAGACCAGACUCGUGAAGAAUAACUAUGCAGUCAAAAUCAAAUAAUGUAAACCUUGAACAUAUUUCUUUGACUAUAACUUAACUAUUUCAAGUAGACUUUCUACAUGGGGGGAAUUACUGUGAAAUAAAAAAGGUGUGAAUUUACUGCAAACUGGCUGCUGCUUAUUAGCUCGCUGCGUGGACGUACUGUAGGUUUAGAAACUUGCUAGCUAAAGGCAACUAUGUACUUAGUUUCUUACCUUUUACCAGUCCUUUUAUGUAACUGAUGGCUUUAUAGAAGCCUUCCUGCACUUUCUGGUUAGGUAGUGGGAACCAUGAGCUUUCUAGAACUCCAGACAAAAGACUUUGACAUGAGGUAAGACUGAGCUAAAGUCAAAGCUGGUGCUCCUGGAUUAAUUUGUAUCAGUGCAAAGGCUACGGGUGGGGAGAGGGGCCCAAAACAAAUAGUGCUGUUGUGGGUCAUUUAGAUUUACAAUAUGAUUACUCCAACAAACGAGCAGCAGAGAAGACUUCUGCUUUAAAUUAAACCAGUGCUAGGGACAUGUGAAAAAAGGGCAUGAAGGAUCUUCAGAAUGCAUCAGCCUUCGCAUGAUAUUACCUGUCCAACCUUUAUUACCUACCACUUUCUUUACAGCUGUAAUGACCAAGUGGCUAUCCUGUUUGGACCGUGGAAGAUUCACCCUUAAGCCUUUCCAUUUCUAGCAAGAGAACAGAAACACCUUGUGAGAAUGUCCAUCUACUGAAACUACAGUUACUGAAAUGACUUGGGAUUUCCCCUGUGUAUUGGGAUUUUAUUAUGACCCUAGCUCAUUAUAACCAGUUUUUUUCCUGCUGGGAACUCUUGUUUUGAGACAUUGCUACAUCUCAACAUGUAUUCAAUAAGAGCUUCGUAACAUCUUCCUUGUUGUUCACAGUGGACAAAUAUACCAAAGUAAAUUGCUAAAUCUGUAUAGCUCUGCAGAUCAUGUUAUCAAGAGCACCUACAAGGUAUUUAACAUAUAGCAGAGUGGUUUGAUUGAUGAGGCAUAAUUAAAUGGAUUGACAAGUAUUUAACACUAAGAAUAAGAGAUGUGUACGUGCCAGAAAAUAAGUAUCAGUACCAGAGUGGCAUAGAGGGACAGAAUUUUGCCAAUCUGUGACAUACUUGGCAUAAAUGAGAUUUUAUUCCUUUUUACACGUUCAGACAAGUUCAAGUCCAGCUACAGCUAGUACAAACUCUGCUUGCUUGCUAAGUGAUGUUUCUCAAUGAGAUCACAUUGUACCAGUGUUGCCCUCCCUCCUGUCUGUCCUCUUUGGGCUACUGAAAGAUUUCCAGAGAAGUUCUGUUAUGUUGGCUUCACUUCCAACGCCUAAAAUCAUUGGGCGCCUGAAUGUUCUACCUGUGUGUUGUUACCACAGUGUCGCUUUCCAAGAUCCCCAGGGAGAGAACUCUCCAAAGGCUAAAAUGCAUAAACAGAUGGAGAGAGGUGUGAAGAAAGUAAUUCUUGGUGACUACUUGCUUUCCUUCCUUUAACCAUGAGAUUCUUUGUUUUUUAUUACAGUAAUUGCCUUCAUGUUUCUUUUCUUUUUUAAUUUGUUAAGAAUUCCACCUUUUAUUUGUACCCCCUGUAGUAUGUAGCAUGUAUUCCAAUGAGCACUGCCUUUGGUACUACUGAGACUCCUAGUGAAGUGUUAGGGUCUGGUGUUGUUUCACCUAGCUAAGUAGCAAAAGUUCAGUGAUUUUUCAUCAGCAUACUGCAAUGCUCUAAAUAGCAACACUGACAGACACUGAAAUACAGAUUUUAGACAAGGUUAUUUUAAUAUGUGUCCUUUUAAAUUUCAUUGUCUCCUUUAUCUGUUUGACAGAUGUUUAGAGAUGACACUUCUCUCAGUGGUUUUGUUCACCAGUACAGCUAGAUAUAUAUUAACUGAACAUACAUAUUUAAAAACACAAGGAACCAUGCCAAAAAUACAAUAUGAGACUAAAAUCAGCCACUUCAAAAUUAGAAAAUGUCAUGAGUACUUUUGCUUAAGCAUGUGUGUAACAAUGCUACUUCUACAGUAUUCUAUUACUACUUUCUUUACUGGGCUGUCACUGUUAGCAGCACAAUGAAUAGACCACGCUGAAGGAACAUCUUGGGCAUGUGUCAGAGACUUUCUCUCAUGGCUUAGCUGGGUCUCUGCAUUCUUUUGCUCCAGGUAUCAAGUGACCUUUGAAUAACUGCUGACUUACAGGACAUUCUCUGAUCCCCUCCACCUCAGCUCCAUGCAACACACAGAGAUGAUCAGCACUGAUCAGAUACACAGUGUAAAAAUUACCUAAGCAUUAGCUAAGCUUGGCAUUAACUACAUUAGUUAAAAUAGAAAAUGCCAAGCAACCUUGUCUUUGGGCAUUGCUACCUUUAACACCUAAACCAAAAGGAGAUUCAGAUGUUAGACAGAUGUGUGUGAUCAAAUAAACAUUAUAAAUAAUAAUAGCAUGCGCAUAGGGGCUUUCUCCUUUUUUCUGAUGGACAUUGUCCUCUGAAGGAAGAGCAAAGAAAUAGGGGUUGUUUGUUUGCUGCUAUUUGUUCUGCUUUUUUGCCCUUUUUUUUUUUUUUUAAUAUUAACAUAGAGGAUUAUUUUCUAGGAAAUAUAGGCAACAUUUAGAGAACAAUAGCGUGGGUUUGUUACAAAACGGAGGUGCUUCUUCCAGUUACUAAUAGGGCUUCUUUUGGAAAGCCCCUUUCAUUGUAUUUGAAAUCAAAACACACAAAGUCUGAAAUUAAUGCAUUCAGUUAAAAGUGCAUGCAGCUUGGAACAUUCCUAUUAAACACAACUUCUUCAUUCUUUUCAUUGCUGUUGCUUUUAUUAGAGACUUGUAAUAGCAUUGUGUGAUGUGAUAGGCUUUCCAAAAAGGCAGCAGCAGCAAGAAGCACUUUCCACUUCCCAUCCUUUUAAAUAUCUACUUCAAUCAAGAAUGAUUUUAAGAAUAAGAAGUUCUAAGAAGGAUGGCAGCUGGGAAGCCGGUUUCAUUUUGGAUGUGUGAGGUGGAUUCUCUCUUCUGAGGAACACUGGUCUCCCACUGCAGCCUUUCCCUCAGGCAGAUAAGAAAGCUUCAUGACACCUUAAACCAACUGAAAUCUUUCUGGGCACCAGAGCCGAAAAACAUUAUCCGGAGUAACAAAUGGAAGUGAGUGAAAUGACGAGUAGCAGUCCAAGGGAUGAUUGUCAGCAACAGGAAUUGAUUUCAAGUGGGAUUGGAGGAAAGAGGAGGAUUCUCAAGAGGAUGCUGGAAUGGCUCUGGACUGAAUGAACAGACACAGAGCAAGACCGGGCUGGACCCUGGGAGGAUCUCAGCCUCCAGGAGGAGCAAGCUGGUUGUCUAACCUGCGAUGCUGGGAGCUAGGGAGAUUUAACACCACUGCAGAUGGCUGCCUGCAGCCUGGUACUGGGACUGUGGCUUCUGCUGCUUCUCCAGGAUAUCCAGACAGCCCCACAGACAUCAUUAACCCCAUCUCAUUCCUGUGAUACACUUGAGAAUUGGUUCUAUGAUGAAACUUCACAAAGCUGCUGUUACCAGUGUCCCUCAGGCUAUGUUAAGAAGAAAGCAUGUCCUAGGGACCCAGAUGAAGACUGCAUGAGAUGUGGACCCGAACAAUAUGUGAAUGAAGCAUUCCAAAAGCCACGAUGUGACGCUUGUGUAUCAUGCACAAAAGAAUCUGACCUUGUGGAAAAAGAGCCCUGCUCCUUCAAUUCUAGCCGUGUGUGUGAGUGCCGACCAGGCCUGUUCUGUCAAACCCCUGUUCUGAACACCUGCAUACGAUGCCAGCAGCACACUGUUUGCAAGCCUGGUUUUGGAGUCAAAGUCAGAGGCACCUCAAUGAAUGAUGUUACUUGUGAAGAGUGCCCUUCUGGGACCUUCUCUGAUCAAAAUUCCAGCACCGACAUCUGCAAGCCCCACACAAACUGUGCCAAGUUAAACAAAACAGCACUAAGCAAAGGAAACGCCACACACGAUCAGGUUUGCCUGGACCGAUUGCCCACCUACCUCACCUCAAGCACUUUGUCCAUGCGAUUCAGCAAUGAAACAAAUAACUCUGACCUAAGGAGGGUUGAAGAGAACCUGGUGACCAUGGGUAGUAUCCUUUUAAGUGCCAUAACAACUGAAAACCCCAGUUCAACUCCUGAGGAGAAAGCUCUGGCUGGCACUUUUCCCACCUCAGCCAAGGGGGAGACGACAAUGGGAGGUCUAGUUCUUUGGGCAGUGGUUCUCUCUCUGAUAGUGCUACUUGUGGGCAUGCUGUUAAUUUGGAAAUGGAAGGUUUGCAAGAAGCGGAUCCUCAUCCUCAAAGGAAAGCCACAUCUGCAUUCCAUCACUUCACACAAAUCCGGACUCAAAUCUCAAGGUUCUGAUUUAGUGAACAAAUGCGCAAAGAUCAUACUGACUACUGACAGCGGGCCAGAAGAGAAGGAGUUAAUUGACAGAACCCUCCCUUUGGAAACCAACAAUAACUUGGUCUCCAGCACAGAAAAAGCAUAUAGUCCUGAACUGAGUCUGACUGAUGUGACACAGAGCAAUGGAAAUGCUCCAGAUUGCCCUAUCGAUUCUCGAGUGAGAGACCACACAAAUAAUCGAAUUGAAAAAAUAUACAUCAUGAAGGCCGACACUGUUAUUGUGGGGUCCAUUUCAGAAGUGCCUAGUGGCAAGAACUGUGCUGCUAGAGGAUGUGAAAGUAGUGUUGAUGCCCAGGAAAAUGUGGAAGAGGAACUGGCAAUGCACUAUCCAGAGCAGGAAACAGAGUCUUUUCGAGGGAAUGAUGUAACGGUUCCUGUGGAAGAAGAGGGAAAGGAAUUUCAUCACCCCACCACUGCCACUGAAAAGUGAUAACCCACUGAGAAGAUGUGUGAAGCUACAGAAACAUCCAGUGUGACACUAAGCCUGAAUCUAUGACAAGGGAGGUAAACCCAUAGUGCCUUAGAUUACCUGAAAACUCAGGUAAAACACUGAAACACAUUCAAACAAGGAGUGCUAGAACCUAUUUUAUCUAACAAAUGAGAGGAUCAUCCAAACUGUUGGCCUUCAUAGCUGACGUCAAAUAUUUCUCUUUCCCUCUCUCUCCCCGCAUCGUGCUGGAAACAAAUUUGAAUCAAAGCUACAAAAUUCAGAGCACAUCUGGAUGCCAACUCAAGUUUCACAACUUGCUUUCUCUGCAUGAAGGAAUGGAUUGAAAACUAUGUCUGAUUACUUCUAUUAUCGUAUGAAAAUUCUGGCCAGAAUUCUGAGUUAAGCUUGAGACUCAGCCAUGUUUCAUAUGUUGUGUCUAUUCCAGUAUUACCAGUACUUCCAAUUUUGUCAUAUAUUUUGCAACAUCUGGUAUUUUUCUUAAGGCCUCAAUUCUUGAAUGAAAGUAAUGACAAUUUCAGUUUUACCUAACACAAACAGAACUCUUUAAGGUUGUGGACUUCGCAUUUCUUGAGGAAAUAGGAUCAAAAGGUGCCACACAGGCUCAGAAAAUGGAAGGUAAAUAAAACUAGUUGAAGUCCACUGUACUUUAGGCCAUUCUUUCUAAUUCUUGAAGUCUGAUUCAUGUUUUUUGACUACUUCAAAUCAUCGGUAAGUGUACAAAAUGGCCUCUUCUGGUGGAAGCCAAACUGGCUGAAAAUUUGGAUAUUGGAUGAACUAUGGGUUUAGCCCAGUGUGGAGUCUGUAAAAAGGGAAAAGAAGAAAAUAAACUAGUUUUCUACGAAAAGGAAGGACUGAAAAACAGGCACAGCAGUUAUUUCCUAUAACAUUGUUAAUCUUUGCUUGUUUAGAAUUGCUCAUAAUCAUCAGGCUGAUACUGAUUUGCAUAUCUAGUCUUUAAAAAAAAAUCUGUUUUGCGGUCAACUGGCUUGUGUUAUGCUAUUUCUCAAUCUCUCACACUGCUUGUUUGAUAACUGUAAGUGUAAUAGUGCUGACUAUAUUUUUGCACAGGACAAUGGAAAAUUAACAAGAUGACAAAGUGUGCCUUAACAGUCAAAAAAAGGAACCACAAAACCAAUUACUUGCUUUGUAGUUUUACCCUGGACAGAAUACUGCAAUAACAGCUGUGCAACUUCAGCAUCUUUUGUCUUAGAACACACAAAAGGAACAGAAGGGCAUAAAAAACACCUUCUUGGGCCAGACGAGUAGUACAAGCCCAACAUUUUAUCUCUGACAGUCGCAGUAAGAGAUGUUAUUGGGAAGAGCACAUAAGCCUGGUUAAUAUCUGCUGUUUGCAUUCCUCAUAGUUCUGCAACAUCAGCUGUAAUUGGAUUAAGGAUGUUAAAGAGUUUGUCCCAGCCUUUAGCGUUCAUUCAUACUGCCAUUAAUUUUUCUUCUCUCUUUUGAAUUUCCUGGUACAGUCUGCCUCCAUAAGCACCUGUGGCAACAGAUUGCAGGUAGUUACUAUUCACUGUGUAAAGAAGUUCUUUUACCACUUUUAAACUGACCUCUUACUUAUCUCAGUGAGUGCCACUAGUUCUUGUAUUACAGCAUUUAGUGCAAUACUGAGUUGCUUUUACGAUUCUUGAUUGUAUCCUCCUCAGCCUCCAAGCUGAGUUCCCAUCUUUUUACAUUUCUCAUGUAAGUUAGACGCUCCACUGCCUUGGUCAUUUUAGUUGACCUCUUCCGCAUCUUCUCUAACUUCACUACAUUCUUCUGGACAUCUGGAGGCCAGAACCAUGCACUGCACUGAAGAAGAGGGGUGGGACAAGGUUUUAAAGAGCGGCAAGAUGAUACUCUAUAUUUUGUUCUCAAUACCUCUCCAGAUGAUGCCCACCAUUUUAUUUGCUUUUUUUGGCUGCCCCUGCACACUAAGCAGAUGAUUUCAGAGAACCAUCAAGAAUGACUCCAAGAUCCCUUUUCUGAGCAAUAGCUGCUAGAUGUGAAUUCAGCACCAUGUACGCCUGGUUUAGAUUAUUUUUCCCUAAAUGUAUUGCCUUGUGUUUAUCUAUGUAGAAGCUCAUUUACCUCCUUUUUAUGAGCUCCUUCUGGCUUUACUUGCCUCUAUAUGCAUGUAAGUACCUGGAGAAGUUUAGUAUUACUUUAAUUGUGUGGGUGCUCUUUUCUCCAGAUCAUUGAUGAAGAUAUUGAAUAGAACUGGCCCCACCAAUCCUCCCUGCUAACUGUUCUCUAUCCUGAAAAAUUACCAUUAUGUUGUGCUCUUUCCUGCCUGCCUUUUAAACAGCCAUAACUUUUGUAUCCUGUAAACUUUUAUCAAAUCCAUAAACUUACCUUUCCUCCAAUCCUGUGGCAACUUUGUUUUUCCACCACCUUAGGUGUGGAACAUCAUCAAAGGCUUUUUGAAAAUCUCCAUGUAGUAGGUCCACUGGAUCUUGUUUAUCCAUUAAGCCUCGCAAUAUAUGGGAAGCUUUUUACUCAAGAUUUUGUGAUUGAAGAAAUACAUCAAGAGAAAUUCAUACUUUUCUGGAACCGCAGCCCCAGAGAUGAAGUGGGAGAAUCUCAGCAUUAUGGGAUCUAGUCACUGGCUUUCAUCAAUGGAUAACCUACCUGUAGUAUAUUUGAACACUGGUUGUAAUUUCAAGUGUUGUAAGUUCCAGUAUUUACUUCUUGAAUUCUACUCUUCUCUGCAAGUCCAGAACAUGUAUUUUAAUAAUUUCUAAAAACAACUGCUGCCACUGUAUAUUUUAGUUCGUCUAUUGACUCUUGCAAGAGAGGCAAUUAGUGAAUCCUUUCUGUGUACUUCUGUGUUUGUUCUUGUUUUGUUUCAUUCAGAAGAUAAGCUGCUCCUAAUGCUCGCAUCGACAUUUCUUUUGGCUGUCAGUAUCGCCAUGUCAGUGGCAGUUACGUGGCAUGAAGAAGGAAACAGAAUGAACGUUUUUUGGUUUAAGUGCUUGUUGUGCAACAGAAGGUCAAGUCACCAAGUACUGACAUAAAACAGCAAUGCAAGGAAGAAGAAAAAACUGUGUAGGACAAAUACUGGUCACCCUUUCCUCACUUCCAGUCAGCUUAGUUCAUUGUUUUCCAGUGCAUGCGCUUCAUUCUAGAAAAAAUACAGGAACUUCUAUUUCAUUUUAGAGAACGCCAAUUUGUGUAUCCACAAAUUGUGAAUAACCAUGGUCACCUGGCUGUGAUUGUUAAAGGAUGUUCUGUAAUGACAGCUAAUUGUAUAUUUCAGCUCUGUAUAUAAAUUAAUCUUUUUUACUGGAACACCUUUCUAGAUGAAUCAUAUGCAUUGCAACCUGCUAGAUGGAUUAUAGUUGAUUAGUUUAAUAAUGCUGGUAAUCUUUGAAUUAAAAAUUGCAUGGGUUUUAGACCAUA